AUGUCAGGGGGUUCCGGAAGUGUGCCAGGGGUUCCGCCCGCGCCAUCGGUCUUCUCGUCCUUCGUGGGCGCGGGAGUGACUCCGCCCAUGUACCCGGGGAGCCACCACGCCGCCCAUGCCGCCCACACGCCCGCGGGGACACACUACAGCCAGCACCACAGACUCCACCCGCAGCUGUCGGUGCUACACCAGGUGAGCUCCGAGGCGGCGCCGUCGGCCUUCCACCCGGUGGUGUCCCGCGGGGCGCGGCGCCUGCACGACGUGUCCAGCCCGGACCGCGACGCCGCCCGCGCCGAGGACCCGGGCGGCCCGCAGCUGCAGGGCGGGCCGGGGCGCCAGCUGGGGGACCUCCCGCCGCACGUGCUGCCGCCCCUGGGCCACUCCAUGCCGCCCCUGGGGGUGCCCAGCCUGGGCAUGGGCAACCCGCUCCUGCCGGGCAUCUUCGACCGGCGGCUGCUGCGCGUGUCGGGGCGCGCGGCGCGGCCCAAGAAGCAGUUCAUCUGCAAGUACUGCUCCCGCCACUUCACCAAGAGCUACAACCUCCUGAUCCACGAGCGCACGCACACGGACGAGCGCCCCUUCCCCUGCGACGUCUGCGGAAAGGCCUUCCGCAGGCAGGACCACCUCAGGGACCACAAGUACAUCCACAGCAAGGAGAAGCCGUUCAAGUGCAGCGAGUGCGGCAAGGGCUUCUGCCAGAGCCGCACCCUCGCCGUCCACAAGAUCUUGCACAUGGAGGAGUCGCCGCACAAGUGCCCCACCUGCGGCAGGAGCUUCAACCAGCGCAGUAACCUGAAGACGCACCUGCUCACGCACACGGACCUCAAGCCGUACAAGUGCGCCACCUGCAGCGCCGUCUUCAGGCGGAACUGCGACCUCCGGCGCCACAUGCUCACGCACUCCAUCGGGGGGCACCUGCCGGCGGACAAGGACGCCGACGAGGCCAAGGGCGCCGCCCACGACGACCUCGCGGCCUCGGGCUCUUCCUCCACGCCCUCCCUCGCCCUCUGCGAGCGGCGCGACGGCGCGGCGGACAUCGACGACGACGAGGCGGAGGACGAGGCGGACGAUGACGAGGAGGACGAGGAGAUCGACCCGGGGCGCCCCGACGACGCCUACGCCUUCUACGAGGCGGAGAAGGCGGACGACGAGGAGGACGUCGAGGAGGAGCUGGACGAGGACGACGACGAGGGCGCGGCCGGCGUGGGCGGCGACGACCCCGGCGCCCACCGCGUGUCCAGCCUGCACCCACAGGACAUGCACGGCGCCGACCUGCACGCCCACCCCGCCCACGCGCACGCCUCGCUCGCACACGCCUCCCUGGCGCACGCCUCUCUCGCCUCGCCGCCCGCCCACACCACGCACGCCCACACCGCCCACACCGCGACGCACGACCUGGGCGCGCACGGUCCGCACGCCGCCCACAGCAGCAACAGCAGCAGGGACUCGGGCAUGUCGGGGCCGCACGGCGUGCCGCCCCCCAGACCCGCCUCGCGCCCGCACGCCCACGUCACGUCGCUCUACAGCCACGGCCACGGCUUCUACCCCGUCGUGGGCGGCGGGGGCGCGGGGCCGCCCGCCUCGCACUUCCGGGCGGCGCCCCACGACCUCAAGCGGCCCAUCGAGCAGGUCCUGGGCUGCGCCGGGCCGUCCGUUGCGCCGCCCGCCGUCAUGGGCAUGCAGGGGCCGCUGCACAUGGGCGGCGGGGCCAUGGGCGCCGCCCCGCGCCCGCCCUACCCGCCGCACCCGCCCGAAAGGCCCAAGAAGAAGGGCUUCAUGAUCGAGGACAUCAUGAACGGAUAAUGCCCCACCCCCCUCCUCCCCCACGCUUCCCUCUUCUCUCGACACUCACUCGCCGCCCACGACUCACUCGCCCGCCGCGCAGCCACACGACUCACGACUCACGGACUCGUCUCCGGUAAGAGAGACGGAUCGACGCAGAGCCGCCAGUGUCAAGUCCGCCCACGGGGACGCCCACGCCUCACCUUCCUCAUCACUGUCAUCACCACCACACUCCAUUGUCAUCUCUUUUAUUCUUCCAAAAUCUGUGCCUCCUUCCUCCC